AGGCGCAUGCGCAGUACGUCGGGGCACGGAGCGCUCUGUCAGCGGAAGUAAUGAAGCGCCUACUGUUGUACCGGAAGUUCCCGCUUAAUAGUCGCUAUGAGGAGAAAUGGCGCUGUUUGGGGUACAGUGUGGGUGCAGCAUCGGCUCAACCCCCUGGGCUUAUCCUUUGUUUGAAAUGCAGCGGCUGUUGAUAAAGAAGCUCUGCCAGUUAUCCACACUGAUCUAUCCCCCUCACUGACCGGGGCAAGGAGAAAAUGGAGGGUGAAGAGUCAGAGUCUGAUGAUCAUCUGCCGAAUGAAAUGGGGUCACUUUCUGUUCCUGCUGAGCCAGAGGGUGAGCCAGAAAUACUCCAGAUAAAAAUAAAGGAAGAAGAAUCAGAAGAGGAAGAUGUGAGUACAAUGAGCAGUCCAGCAGGUACCAGCAGGGAAUCUCUAGACACUGCAUGUGGAGAAGUAAAGCAGGAUCAGAUGGACUCUCAGCAUUCCCUUACCACAAAAAAUAGUGAGAUCAUUUAUUUGUCUGUGGCUGAAUCUGAUACAGUAGAAUUACAGAUAAAAGAAGAAGCAGAUUCUGAGUAUAAUGUGAAUGCUGUGAAACAGGUGGAAGUUACUGAAGGACAGAAUUCCCUUAAUGAUGGUGACUGGGAAUUAGAAACAUCCAGAGCUUGGCCCAGGCGUGACAACUCACCAGCGGUAAGAGUAAAUAAUUACUAUAACACUGUGCAGACAAGGAGGGAACUGUUACUAAGUACUUGUAACCUAGGGUGUGAGUCAAACAUGGACUUUAAAGUUCGCUCAGCAACACCAGAGUUGCCUGACUUUGUCUGUCGUGAGAAGAGCGUUAAUGACAAUAGUGAUCUUCUCAAGCACAUCUGUGACUACUGUGACAGGAGUAAGGACUUUAUUCAUAAGAACUCUUGGCCAGAGGAGAAAUCAUUUAUCUGUAGUCACUGUGGGAAGAGCUUUAGUAGUAAGCAUUACUUCCAAAUGCAUCAGCUGGUCCACACGGGGGAGAAACCAUUCACAUGCACCGAAUGCGGCAAAGGCUUCUCUCAGAAGAGCAACUUACAGAGUCACCGGAAAGUUCACACGAGAGAGAGGCCGUGUGCAUGUACAGAAUGUGGCAAGACCUUCGCUCAGAAAGCCAACCUGCAGAGCCACCAGACCAUUCACACAGGACACAAACCGUUCUCGUGUACAGAUUGUGGGAAAGGUUUCUCCAAAAAAAGCCAACUCAGCAUACACAAGGCGAUUCACACUGGGGAGAAACCUUUCACAUGUACUGAAUGUGGGAAAGGCUUCUCUUUGAAAACCAUACUAAAUAUACACCAAACAGUGCACACAAGGGAGAAACCUUUUACGUGCACAGAAUGUGGGAAAAGCUUCUCUCAGAAAAUUCACCUUUACACACAUCUGAAGAUUCACACCGGGGAGAAACCAUUCACAUGUACAAUAUGUGGGAAGAGCUUCUCCCUAAAGAGCCGUCUUUAUCGGCACCAGAAACUCCACGAAGGGGAGAAACCAUAUGCCUGUGUGGAAUGUGGGAAAUGUUUCUCUCAAAAGACUCACCUUUACAACCACCAGACUGUUCAUACAGGGGAGAAACAAUUCACUUGCACAAAAUGUGGAAAGAGCUUCAUAAAAAAGAGUACUCUCACGACACACCUGCGAAUUCACACAGGGGAGAAGCCUUAUAAAUGCACAGAGUGUGGGAAGAGCUUCUCUCAAAAGAGCAUGCUUCAUAGGCACCGGACCACUCACACAGGGGAGAAACCUUUCUCUUGCACCGAAUGUGGCAAGAACUUCUCUGCAAAGAGCAGCCUCAAGAGUCACCUGACUACUUACUCAGAGAAGUGAAUAGAUGGGAAAUCUGUAUCUCACAGAAACAUCCCACCAGGGAAAACCUUUAAAGAAGCCAAAAAAGGAAUAACCUGUGUUUUAUGUGUAUUUAUUCCUACUUUGAAGCUUGAGUCCCAUACAUAGUAGAAAUGAUUAGUGACAAUUAGAUAAUAUUAAGUGUUACUUACAGACACUGCUGCAACACGAAGGGGCAGUUUAUUAAAUUUGGAGACAGACGUCACCGGUGAUGUUGCCCUUAGCAACCAUACUAUUGUUUUUUUAAGGAGA